CGCCGCUCCACAAGCUCCAGUGGCUGCGAGCGAUGUGCAUGCGGAGGCAUUUGACGAAGCCGUCACGGAGGUAGAAGCCAGCAAGCGACCCACGUCAGACCGCGCCGGCCUGCGCAGACGGACCCGAUGUCUCUCCUCCGCCCCUCAUGCGCCAUCACACAGCGCCUGUGUGCUGCGCAAGCAACCACCACCCGCUCGCCCAUCCUCGCGCUGCUGCAGCGACACGCCGCGGCCCGCCCGCAAUGCCGCGCCCUCUCGCACACGCCGCGGCUCGCCGCGAAGAUUGUCGACACGCCGCAGAGCCCGACCAACCCACGCCAGCAGAAGCACCCCGCGCGCACCGUCAAGAUCGGACCGCUGCCGGGCGGCCGCGUGCCUGACGACACGGUGCGGCGCAUAUUCGGGCGGCGCCUCACGCCCGCCGAGGGCAACAACGUGCUGCGCAUCCUGCACCACCGCCGCACCGCCGGCUCGCUGGCCGACUACGGCGUCGACAACCUGGGCGCGCAGUACGCCCACGUGACGCGCGCGCUGGCGCUCAAGGGCCUGGAGUACCUGCGCGAGAAGCACCCCGUCGACGAGGCCGUCGCCGCCGAGCAGUGGGCCGAGAAGGAGGCCAACCGCAUCGCCUACGAGCUGUGGCUCGCCGACCCGGAGACCGAGUCCAAGUACAAGGACCCCGCGCGCGCCUUCCGCGAGAAGCUGGCCCAGGAGGAGGCCGAGCGCCAGCAGGCCGGCUUCGACGACCAGAAGAUCGGCAUCCUGCACGUCGGCAAGAGCCAGUUCGAGCGCAACAUCGAGGAGAAGCGCCGCGCGCGCCUGGCCGAGGCUACGCGCAAGGCCGAGCUCAAGGAGCAGCGCGAGAAGGACAUGGAGGCCCAGCUGGCCACCGGCGAGUGGGUCAAGACCCCGAGCGGCAAGCAGCUCAUGAAGCCGCACCAGACCACCUACGUCGACGUCUUUGGCAACGAGCAGGUCAGCCGCCGCAGUGAGGAGCGCGAACGCUACCAGGCCCAGGCCGCUACGCCCUUUAAGAGCGAGCAGGAGAUGCUGUCCUCGACCACCCUCGCCCAACGCCUCUACCCCAUGACCGCCUUCGUGCUCCUCGUCACCCUCCUCAGCUGGGGCUUCGCACACUACUACAACCCGCCGUCGCCCGCCUACCGCCUCUUCCCCGACAUCUCCCCCUCGACCGCGACCCUCGCCGCCCUGCUCGCCGCCAACACCGCCGUCUUCCUUGCCUGGCGCGUCAUGCCCCUCUGGCCCCUGCUCACCCGCUACUUCAUGCACGUCCCCGGCGCCCCGCGCGCCGUCCAGGCCCUGCUCAACGUCUUCUCGCACGUCCAGUACGAGCACUUCCUCGGCAACAUGCUGUUCCUGGCGCUCGUGACGCCCGCGUGCCACGACCUCGUCGGCCGGGGCGUGUUUGUCGGCACGUACAUGAGCGCGGGCGCCAUCGGCACGCUCGCGUCGCUGUACUGGGCCAACGUCGGUCGCGGUGUCAUCACCGCGCACUCCGUCGGCGCGUCCGCGGCUAUCUGGGGCGUGGCGUCCCUGUUCUGUCUCUGCACCGAUGCCGAAGUUAUUAAAAUCCCCUUCGUCAAAGACCAGGAGGUCAGCUUCUGGCCCAAGAUGCUGCUCGCUGCCUUCGUACUGCUGGAGAUCCGGAAUGCGCUCAGGAAGGGCGUUGGCACCGCGGAUAAUGCGAGUCAUUUUGGCGGCAUGGCGGUUGGGUUCGCGACGGCGGGGUAUUUGAGGGCUACGGGGGCGCUGGGGAGGCAAGGUCCCGGUGGGGAGGCGCCGAAGGUGGAUGUUGCGGCGCCGGUGAAGGAGGUUGGGGAGGCGGUUGGGAAGGUGGGUAAGUGAAUGGAUUGGAGAGUCGGAGCAGAGAGUGGGAGACGGGAAGUGUGAGAGUAUGGUAUGAUGGUGUAGGAUUAUGUAUAUGUAUAUAUUGUAGCAGGCCAUCCCGUAGCAUAGACAGCAUCAUUGCAUUUCGCACACACAA